AUGGACUGGUCUGCUGUUUGUAAUCAUUUCAAGCAAACUUGGCUGACUACAUUAAUGAGUUGUAUUCUGUUUUGUGGCGUCACAUAUUUCUUGAUAUGGGCUGAGGGCCAUGCCAUUCAAAAUAACUUGAUGUUAGAUGAAAUAAUGUCAGCAGCAGAGACCAUAGAUGUACAUUCAAGUGAUGAAGCACAAAAGUAUGAAGGGAGAGUUGUUCAUAUUGUCGGACCACUAAGAAUAUUAGAACCCAUAUCUGAACCAGAUUACAAUAUACAAGUUCUGGCUGUUAAGUUAAGGAAACGGGUUCAAAUGUAUCAAUGGGUCGAAGAAACUACAGAAACAGAAAACUUUAUAAGUGAACAUGCUGAUGAAUCACAAAAAACAUACUGGUAUCGCAAAGAGUGGAAGGAUUAUGUUGUUGACUCAGCUUUAUUUUACAUUCGCCCUGGCCACCAUAAUCCUACUUCUAUGCCUAUGUUCAGUGAAACGCAUAUUGCUGAGAAUGUUAAAAUUGGAUGGAUGUUUUUAGGUAUAGAUGUGAAACGAAAGGUCAAUGAUUAUUACGAGAUAUGGUCCGAUUCAAGACCCGAACGCAGUGAUAUAAAACUACACUCAGGAUUCUACUAUCAUGGCAAUAGUGCGCUGGAGCAUGAAAUUGGUGAUUUGAGAAUUCACUUCUCAUAUGCUGGAAGAGAAGAUGACAUUUAUACAGCUGUCGGGGUCGUUGAGAGUGGUACACUGCAACCCUACAACCCAGCCAACUUCCCCUACGCUGAUCCUCUAUCUCUUCUUCGCAAGGGCUCAUACAGCUUGAAGCAAUUGUACGAUCUAGAGAAGAGGGAUGCCAAUACUCACACGUGGAAGUACAGGAUGCUGGGCUUCGUGCAAGUCUUUGCUUCAGCCAUGACUCUUCAUCCUGAAUGGCUUACACUGUUUUUGCAAUGUAAAUGGGUGUCCAGCAAUUUCCGAAGGUCUUCGAGGCUAUGGGUCAAUUUGGUCCUUUCGUUUUCGUACACUCUUCUCGUGAUCUCUAUACCUUGGUUAUUCCACAAGGCCACGUUCGGCGCUCUAGUCCUCGGUGGUGCCGUGCUGCCGCUCCUUCAUUACUCCACGUUCCUCGGACGCGAACCAGAUUCCCGCUACGCGAGGUACGAAGACCGAUGA